AUGAGUUGCCCCAAGGAACAGGAGCAGCAGUCUUGCGGGUCUUGUGACGGCCACAAUCACCAUGGUCCAGUGCCGGACAUGGAAGAUUACAAACUCGAACUGGAGAGCUUGCGCAAGCGGACUCAGGAACUCGAAUUGAAGCUGUCCAAGGCUGGAAGUGCUAAUACGACCAAGAAGCCCAUGAAGCUGCGGUCCGAAAACUGGUUCAACUCGCCCGACAACCCGGAAAUGAUGGCACUAUACACGGACCGAUACCUCAACUACGGCCUGACGACGUCUGAGCUCAACACCGGGAAACCCAUCAUCGGCAUAGCUCAGUCCGGCAGCGAUCUCGCCCCCUGUAACCGCCACCAUCUCGAGUUGUCCAAACGUGUCCGCGAGGGGAUUCGCUCCGCUGGUGGUAUCGCAUUUGAGUUCCCCACCCACCCGAUUCAGGAGUCGGCGAGACGACCGACGGCGACUUUGGAUAGGAAUUUGCUCUACCUAGGCCUUGUGGAGGUCUUGCAUGCGUAUCCAUUGGAUGGAGUGGUGCUUCUGACCGGUUGCGACAAGACGACUCCGGCAAUGUUGAUGGCCGCUGCUACCGUCAACAUUCCGGCCAUCUGUCUCAAUGUCGGUCCCAUGCUGAAUGGCCGACUCGCCGGCUCGCAGGACAGAAUUGGCUCGGGGACGAUUCUGUGGAAAGCCAGAGAUUUGCAUGCGGCGGGGGAGAUUGACGAUGACAUGAUGGUGGAGAUGAUUGCAGCUGGAACACCCUCGGCAGGGCAUUGUAAUACCAUGGGGACGGCGUCCACUAUGAAUGCUCUGGCUGAAGCUCUUGGCAUGGCUCUGCCCGGCUCUUCGGCGAUUCCGGCCCCGUAUCGUGAGCGCGCACAGUGUGCGUACAGGACCGGUAAGCAAAUUGUUGAAAUGGUGCACGCCGAUCGCAAGCCAAGCGAUAUCAUGACGAGGGAAGCAUUUGAAAAUACCAUUGUCGUGAACAGUGCCAUCGGAGGGAGUACGAAUGCGCCGAUCCAUUUGAAUGCUGUGGCGAAACAUAUUGGUGUUCCCCUUGACCUGAAUGACUGGGACCGGAUUGGAUUUGACAUCCCUUUGCUGGUGAAUGUGCAACCGGCCGGCGAGAUGCUGUGCGAGGAGUAUUAUAAAGCUGGCGGUCUUCAGGCAGUCAUGGCCGAGCUUUUGGAGCAAGGUAAACUCCGGCCAAAAGCGCUGAGUUGCAACGGCAAGACUAUCGAGGAGAACGUGGAGGGCAAGCAUUCUUGGGACAGACGAACCAUCAAGACCUACCGCGAACCCCUGAAACAGCGAGCAGGGUUCCUCCACAUGACAGGUAAUCUGUUUGAUUCCGCCAUCAUGAAGACUUCCGUGAUCUCCGACGAUUUCCGACGAGAGUUCUUGGAAGAUCCAAAGGAUCCGAAUGCUUUUGAAUGUAAGGCUGUGGUGUUUGAUGGGCGAGAGGAUUUCAUCAACCGCAUCGAUGACCCUAAGACGCCUGUCGAUAAGAGGACGAUUUUGGUAAUGCGUGGUGCUGGACCGCUUGGGUAUCCUGGCGCGGCGGAAGUAGUCAACAUGCAUGCUCCAGGCCACGUCUUGAAGCAAGGCGUCACCUCUUUGCCGUGCAUUGGAGAUGGAAGACAAUCUGGGACAUCAGGAUCACCGUCAAUUCUGAACGCCAGUCCCGAAGCCGCCGCAGGAGGUAAUCUGGCGCUUCUUAGGGACGGAGACGUCUUGAGGGUCGACUUGGACAAGCGCCGUGUCCAGAUGUUGAUCCCUGAGGAUGAGUUGAAGAAGCGACGGCAGGAUUUGGAGGCCAAAGGGGGUUAUCUGAUUCCAGAGUCCCAGACACCCUGGGAGGAUAUCUUUCGACGCGAGACCGGGCAGCUCAACGACGGGAUGGUCCUGAAGAACGCUCCCAAGUAUCAGCGCGUAGCGCAGAGAUGGCCAGCUCCUCCCCAUAAUCACUGA